AUGGAAAACUGGGGAAUGGUUAACUAUAGGGAAGCCUACCUUCUAUACGAUCAGCAGAAUACAAAUGUUCUAGAUAGACUAUUUAUUGCUACAAUUAUGGCCCACGAAUUAGCUCACAAAUGGUUUGGAAACCUUGUCACUUGCUUUUGGUGGAGCAACUUGUGGCUUAAUGAAUCUUUUGCUAGUUUCUUUGAAUACUUCAGCGCACACGAGGCAGAGCCUUGGUUGGAACUAGAUGAUAGAUUCAUUCUGAAUAGGGUACAGAGUGCUCUAUCAGGUGAUGCAAGCGCAUCUAUUCAGCCAAUGAACUGGUCAUCCGUAGCUGACAAUCCCUCAAUCUCUGCUCACUUUGGUACCAGCAGUUAUGCGAAAGGAGCGUCUGUAUUAAGAAUGUUAGAACACUUCGUGACUCCUGUCGUGUUCAGAAAUGCUUUAAGAUACUACUUGAAAGAUAACGCUUAUGGCAUUGGAUAUCCUACGAAUAUGUAUGCAGCCUUUAGACGUGCUGUCUCUGAAGAUCCUACCUUCGCAAUGGCUUAUCCAGGAAUCGAUAUAGGAACAGUUUUUGAUGGCUGGGUUCAAAACGCUGGGGCACCAGUUGUUGAGGUCAACGUGAACAUGACAUCUGGAUUAGUGUCACUUACUCAGCGUCGGUUCCAAAUUUCCGGAACGCCACGAAAUGACAUUUGGCAAAUACCUAUUUCUUGGACCCACGGUGACAGCCCCAAUUUCCAAAGUACCGCACCUACAUACGUUUUGACUCAGAGAACCGGAAGUGUUCAAAAGCCGACAGGAACAAGCUGGGUCGUUCUUAAUAUCGCUCAAUCUGGUUUCUACAGAGUUAAUUAUGAUAAUCAGAACUGGGGAUUAUUAGCAGCUCAGUUGCGAAGUAAUAAAGAUGUUAUUCAUAAAUUAAGCAGAUCACAGAUUGUUAAUGACGUUCUAUUCUUUAUUCGUGCUGGUCAAAUAUCGAUUCCUGUGGCGUUUGAUGUUCUCUCUUUCUUGGCGAAAGAAACAGAUUACUAUGUAUGGAACGGCGCAUUGACCCAGCUGGAAUGGAUUCACAGAAGACUAAAGCAUUUGCCUGCAGCUUAUGAUGAAUUUACUGCCUACCUUUUGGAUCUCAUCGAUGAGGCUGUAAAACAAAUUGGAUACGCUGAUGGAGCCAAUGAUUCAGCGUCCACGAUCCAGCAGAGAAUGCAGAUCCUUAACUUUGCUUGCAAUUUAGGUCACCAAGGCUGCAUUGACGACAGUCUAGCUAAAUGGAAUAGCUUUAGAACACAAAACACACCUGUGCAAAUAUCAUCCCGUCGUUACGUUUACUGCGUUGGUCUACGCAAUGGAAAUGCUAGCGAUUAUCAAUUCUUGUUCCAAAAAUACAAUACAUCUGAAAACACGGCAGAUAUGGUCGUGAUGCUUCGAACACUGGCCUGCAGUAAGGACCAGGCAUCGAUUGAACACUACCUCUACCAGACAAUGCACAACGACAAAAUCCGUGUACAUGAUAGAAACAAUGCUUUCUCAUUCGCCUUGCAAGGAAAUAGCGAAAAUCUGCAAACUGUACUCAACUUCUUAUUCAAGAAUUAUGCUGAAAUUCGGGAAACUUAUGGUGGAGCUGCCCGAUUAUCAAACUGCAUAUCUGCACUUUCUGGAUUCUUGACUGACUUCGAAGACAUUGUUAAGUUCCAAUCAUGGUUGUACGAGAACCAGAUCGCUAUUGGUGAAUCGUUCUCCACUGGCGUCAGUGAAAACUUAACGCAAAUUGUGCUACACCAGAACGUCGUAUCAAUCGACGAAGUGUCCGUUUUAGAUGCGGCUGAGCGACCAGUAUCUCUUCAAAUACCAAAUCCGUUUACAAUUGAUAGAUAUUAUGAAAUUGUUACCAUCAACUUUGCAUCUGAGAUCGUGCCAGGCACGUAUAUCAUUACCAUUAAUUACAAAGGGCGUAUUAACGAGAAUCCUCAUGAUAGAGGCCUUUACAAAGGAUAUUACUACUACAAUAACGAGAAACGUUACUACGCAACAACGCAGUUCCAGCCUUACCAUGCUAGAAAAGCGUUCCCCUGCUUUGACGAACCUCAGUUCAAAUGUCCAUUCACCAUAACGAUAACUAGAGGUGCCAAUCUACGGCCGUCGUUCUCAAACAUGGCUAUUGCCAAUACUACCGUUUUACCAUCUGGUAGAGUACAAGAGAGAUUCUAUCCUACACCUGUUGUAUCAUCCUACCUUGUAGCCUUCCACGUGAGUGAUUUUGUUAGUACGAAUUCCUCGGGUACAGUGCAGAAGCCCUUCCAAAUCAUCUCUCGCGAAGGACCCACUAACCAGCAUAGCUAUGCAGCUGAUGUUGGUUUUAAAAUCACAGAAAUUAUGGAAUCGUACUUUAAUAUCAGCUACUAUGAAAUGGGCCAAGGUCGGCCAAUGAAAAACGACCAUAUUGCAUUACCCGAUUUUCCUUCUGGAGCUAUGGAAAACUGGGGAAUGGUUAACUACAGGGAAGCCUACCUCCUAUACGAUGAGCAGAAUACAAAUCUUCAAAAUAGAAUAUUUAUUGCUACAAUUAUAGCCCACGAAUUAGCUCACAAAUGGUUUGGAAAUCUUGUCACUUGUUUCUGGUGGAGCAACUUGUGGCUGAAUGAAUCCUUUGCAAGUUUCUUCGAAUUUUUCAGCGCACACGAGGCAGAGCCGUGGUUGGAACUAGAUGAUAUAUUCAUUCUAGAUAGUGUACAGAGUGCUCUAUCAGGUGACGCAAGCGCAUCUAUUCAGCCAAUGAACUGGUCAUCCGUAGCUGACAAUCCCUCAAUCUCUGCUCACUUUGGUACCAGCAGUUAUGCGAAAGGAGCGUCUGUAUUAAGAAUGUUAGAACACUUUGUGACUCCUGUCGUGUUCAGAAAUGCUUUAAGAUACUACUUGAAAGAAAACUCAUAUGGCAUUGGAUAUCCUACGGAUAUGUAUGCAGCCUUUAGACGUGCUGUAUCUGAGGAUCCUACCUUCGCAACCGCUUAUCCAGGAAUCGAUAUAGGAACAGUUUUUGAUGGCUGGGUUCAAAACGCUGGCGCACCAGUUGUUGAAGUCAACGUGAACAUGACAUCUGGAUUAGUGUCACUUACUCAGCGUCGGUUCCAAAUUUCCGGAACUCCACCAAAUGACAUUUGGCAAAUACCAAUUUCUUGGACCCAUGGUGACAGCCCCAAUUUCCAAAAUACCAGACCUACAUACGUUUUGACUCAGAGAACCGGAAGUGUUCAAAAGCCGGUUGGAACAAGCUGGGUCGUUCUUAAUAUAGCUCAAUCUGGUUUCUACAGAGUUAAUUAUGAUAAUCAGAACUGGGGAUUAAUAGCAGCUCAGUUACGAAGUAAUAAAGAUGUAAUUCAUAAGUUAAGCAGAUCACAGAUUGUUAAUGACGUUCUAUUCUUUAUUCGCGCUGGUCAAAUAUCGAUUCCUGUGGCGUUCGAUGUGCUCUCUUUCUUAGCGAAAGAAACAGAUUACUAUGUAUGGAACGGCGCAUUGACUCAGCUGCAAUGGAUUCACCGAAGACUAGAGCAUUUGCCUGCUGCUUAUGAUGAAUUUACUGCCUACCUUUUGGAACUCAUCGAUGAGGCUGUAAAACAAAUUGGAUACGCUGAUGGAGCCAAUGAUUCAGUGUCCACAAUCCAGCAGAGAAUGCAGAUCCUUAACUUUGCUUGCAAUUUAGGUCACCAAGGCUGCAUUGACGACAGUCUAGCUAAAUGGAAUAGCUUUAGAACACAAAACACACCUGUGCAAAUAUCAUCCCGUCGUUACGUUUACUGCGUUGGUCUACGCAAUGGAAAUGCUAGCGACUAUCAAUUCUUGUUCCAAAAAUACAAUACAUCUGAAAACACGGCAGAUAUGGUUGUGAUGCUUCGAACACUGGCCUGCAGUAAGGACCAGGCAUCGAUUGAACACUACCUCUACCAGACAAUGCACAGCGACAAAAUCCGUGUACAUGAUAAAAACAAUGCUUUCUCAUACGCUUUGCAAGGAAAUAGCGAAAAUCUGCAAACUGUACUCAACUUCUUAUUCAACAAUUAUGCUGAAAUUCGGGAAACUUAUGGUGGAGCUGCCCGAUUAUCAAACUGCAUAUCUGCACUUUCUGGAUUCUUGACUGACUUCGAAGACAUAGUCAAGUUCCAAUCAUGGUUGUACGAGAACCAAAUCGCUAUUGGUGAAUCGUUCUCCACUGGCGUAAGUGUUGUCAAUACAGCUGUAAACAACCUCCGAUGGGGCAACAACGUAGCGGCUGAAAUUUUUUCAGAGCUUCGUAGCAGAAGUUCCGCCACUACCGCAACGACGUCGUUAUUCGUCGUUAUGUUGGCUUUAGCGGCUAAAUUUGUAUUUUAG